GAACACGCUGCAGGAUCAGUCGUUAGUCGAAGAGCAAGCGAUGAAAAUGUUGCGUCUACAAUGCAAAUCCCAUUCGGUGUUGCUACUGCUGCUGCUGAUUCGAGGAGCACUCAGUGUGCCAGCACUGGAUGCAACACCCGCGGCAGCCACACCAAAUACCAUCGACGAGAGUGACAAAACGGCAGAGGGGAGACCACCACAGGGGGAGACUGCACUCGGCAACAACAGCAAUGAGACGAGUUCACAGGUGGCAGAGUCCUCCGAAGUGUCUUCAGCGCCCGACAACGAAGCCAGUGGCAGCUCCAUUGAUCCCACAACUAUCUAUGCCAGCGGACUAAUCACACCCGAGGCUUUCCAGCAAUAUCUGAGCCAGUAUGGUGCCGCGGCCUAUGCGCCCUUUGGCGGCAGCUACCCAGCACCGAUAUCCGCUGGAGCGCCUGGCCUCUAUCCCUAUCCUGGACCCAUUGUUGUGCAGACCGGCUAUGAGGGCUUUCUGGUGCCCGCCAAUGCCGCUGGCCAAGCAGACUCCACAACUGUGGUGGCAGCUGCCCCAGCUCCUUCCACCUCCGACAAUCCUCUUCUCGCGUUUGCCUCCAGGCUGCUGCCGACCAUCCUGAUGUCCACGCUCUUCCGCAUCGCCGCUGUGGUGCUCUCCGCCGUCGGUGUUAUUCUCUUUGGAGGCGCCAUCACCAACGCUCUUUGCCGGAUCACGCCCAUCUGUGAUAUACCCGCCAAGGCGGUGAACAUUCUGCGCACGGGCGGCGCCCAGGAUGUGGGUCGCAUGCUGGCCGAGGAGAUGACACCGGAGCGGGUGCGACGUGCCACGGAAUUCGUGCGGAAUGCCAUCCGCAAGUAUCGACAGCUGCAGAAGUUGGUGGAGCCAGACUCCAGCUAGGGUGGUGUUGCUGGUCUGGAAUGGGUUUUAGAUUUAUUGUUCGCUCGUUAAUUAAAUGAAAGGCAAAAUGUA